AUGCCAGCGCACCAUCUGAGCGCCAAAUGGCGCCAAGUGAAGACGAAACGGACUCGGAAGACCCCCGCCACUGUGGCGCCGAAGAGCGUCGCCUUGCCAGAGACCGUUCGACAACGGCUCGAGCAGGCGCGGCGCGAAGCGAUCGACUUUGCCGCGCUCGAGUACCUGUACGCCAGCGUACCACCUCUACGCUCUGUUAUCGACGCACAUCCGCCUCCGCACUUUCUUGCAUGCGAUGUGUUCACGGUGCUCGUCCAGGCUAUUGUCUGGCAGCAGGUGAGUGCACGGGCGGCUGCUAAACUUUGGCCGAGACUCGUCGAGGUUCUCGAAACGCAGGUACCUGGAUCAAUCCGCCGUUCGAUGCCGCAUCUCUACGUGAAUCCUGGUCCGUUGGCGAGCAUUCCGGAUCCUGCGCUUUUGCGCGCUGCCGGCAUUCCGCAAAGUCGCUGUGCAGCGAUCGUCGAGGCGGCUCGUGCUUUUCACGCGAAACCGGACCUCUACCAUAACUGGAACGACUCCAUCGAAGAUGACGAAGUCGUUCGGAGACUGUGUUGCCUCCGAGGUGUUGGUGAAUGGACGGCUCACAUGGUGCUCAUGUUCGCGAUGCGUCGGAUGAAUGUGCUGCCCGUAGGGGAUCUUGGCGUGCGACGCGGCUUUGCAGUGGUUUUCGAUCUCAAGCCAGAUGCCAGACGGGAACAAGGCGCUGCAGGUCGCCGUUCGGUGUUGCCGUCACCGGAUGCGGUAAAGAAAUUUGCCUCGAGUGCGGCAUGCGGCAAUGGGCGUUUUCUCACAGUUGUUUCCUAUUACAUGUGGCGGGCUGCGGGUGCUGAUGUUCUCGUUCCCGACGGAACGCUCGUACCAGACCUCGCUAGCACUGUCUGA